AUAAAAUCACUCCCAUCUCGUACCUUCUCGCGCGCACAGCACCUUCAACCUACACAAUCCCUUCUCUCUACUUCAAUUUUCGUGGAAAACAAAAGAAGCUGAAUCCCAUCUCGUCGAAUGCAUCUAAGAAGGACCACUACGAAUUAGUGUUUCAUUUCUUCCUUCUACUUGUUCACGGCGAGUAUUCCAAUAUUUAUACUCUUUGAUAUGCAUAUAAGGAAAUUAUUAAGAAUGAUGAGAAGCCUUUACAUACUCCAAUCGAAGUUCAACUUCUAGGUUAUUGACUUGAUUACAUUGAAAAAUUACAUGCCACUGAAGCUUCAGGUCCUGGGAGUAGAAAGAGUAGCUUGAGAUAGGUUAAAGCUGAAUGUGUUGUGAUUCUCCUUGGAGGAUAUGAUUGCUGAUUGAAGACUCUGAUCAGUGAUUACAACUUAGUGAAAGUAACUUGUUGGCCCCGGUGUUUGAAUAAUGGCAGAUACUAUAGUUACAACUGACCAAUCUUCUACUUCCUCGCUAAACCCUACCCGAAUAAUAUGUCAUGUAUGUCAGAAGCAAUUUUCCCAAUACACAUGUCCACGAUGCAAUUCACGCUACUGCUCCCUCCCAUGUUAUAAAUCUCACAGUCUUCGUUGUAUUGAAUCCUUCAUGAAAGAAAACGUAGUUCAAGAGCUCCAGCAAAUGCAACCUGAUGAACAAACCAAACAUAAAAUGUUGGAGAUACUGAAGAGAUUUCAUUCAGAAGAGGAAAUGGAUAACAUGGAUGAGGAUUCUUUUGAAGAUUCAACUUUGUCUGAGGAGACGAUUGAAAAAAUACUGUCAGGACAAGAAAUCAGUUUUGAUGAUUUAUCUCUUGAAGAGAAGAAACAAUUUCAAAGAGCUGUUGCUUGUGGGGAAUUAAGCAAGAUGAUCACACCAUGGGAUCCAUGGUGGUCAAAGCAUUCUGCCAGAAGUAUCCGCCUUAGUAAGGAAGGAACUCAACUUGUUCAACCUCUUUCAGAGCAGGAAUCUCUUGAUGACACUGAAAGUAACAAAUCAAGUGAAGUUCCUCUCGGCCCUGAAGUUCCGCUAUCUCCUCUAAAUAGGCUUAGUUCCAAGGAACCAUCACCCCUUUUAACUGUUCACUUAGUUGAUAUUUUAUACAGCUACUGCUUUACUCUUCGCCUCUACAACGGAGAUUGGAGGUCAGAUCCCAUAGGGUCAGCCAUGGUUGUAUUGAGUGUGUCCUCAGUUUUGGGUCAAGGUGGGCAGCCAGAGACUGUACUGGAAGCCCUCACACACUGCUUGGAGCAAGUAUGCUCUCCAGCUUACAGACACAUGGGGGGACUGCAAUUCGGUUUAGGUGUUAUUGAUGAUGUGAUCAGUUUACUUUCAUUAGGAGGCGCUGCUAUGGUGUGUGCCCUUUGCGAUAUGCGUCGGUUGAUUCAAGAAGGAGAAAAGGAGGCCAAAUCAGAAAAGCCAAGAAAGUUUAGGAGGAAUGAGACUAAAAGUGCUAUUAAGCAGGCAGAAAGGAAAAUAUAUUUCAUCAUGUGUUGGGUCCAUGAGCAGCCAAAGGAAGCUUGGUCUUCUUUAGCAGCCAUUGUUACGACACAAAAAACAUUGGCCAUGAAAUUUCAGGGGAGUAACAAGGCUGAAAAAUUGAAUAGAGCAGAAACCAGAGGCAAAUGUUUAAUUGAGGAGAUCGAAUGAUUCAUGGAAAUUGUUGUUCCCUUACGUGUUAACCACAUUUAGUUAUCUUUUGAAAGUAUAUAGACUUGAAAUAGUUGCUCUCAACGAAUCUCUCGUACCAUAUACUUUUAGAUGUAGAAAUCUGCAUGUUAAAUUAUGGGUGAUGUAUCAAACUUCUUUUUAUUGAUGAGCUAAGAACAUUCAAUCAUCAGAACAUAAUCA